AUGUGUCGCAAAUCUAACGGCCGUGAUAGNAUUCAAACCAUCCAAGAAUCUCUGAAACGAAACCCCAACCUCAAAGUUUCCUUUUUGACGGAUUCUCUCCGAGGAACCAGAGAGACACCAAAAGCAUCAUGUGCUACUUUGCUGGCGGCCCUGAUCGAUGAGUUCGGCCCAGACCGUGUCGGAGUAUGCAUGUACCACACACCAAACCUCACCGGCAUUCGCAAGUCCCUGAUUCCCAAGCGCAUCAACGAAGGCUGGGGAUUACAACAUAUGAAGCUCUACGGUAUCGACGACGAGAUCAUCAUGUCAGGUGCAAACCUUUCUUCUGAUUACUUUACCAACCGCCAGGACCGCUACCACCUGAUUUCUUGCAAGCGUAUCACCGACUACUUUGCCAAGGUGCACGACACAGUGUGUAGCAUUAGCUAUCGCGUAGUACCGAAUGGUUCUGCACCUGGAGGGUUCAACCUUGACUGGCCGACCACAAACGCACAUCCGGCACCUUUGACAGAUCCCAAGGAGUUCAUCACUCAAGCCACUAAACUGCUUGCUCCUUUACUGAAGCCUGCCACUUCGACUCUUACCCCGACAUCGCAAACGGAUACACAAAUAUAUCCCCUCCUUCAACUAACACCUCUCCUCAAGCCUGAUACAUCAACCGAACUCCCAGCUCUCACCACCAUUCUCAAGACCUUGGCCACCCCAGCUUUCGCAGGAAGCAAAUGGACNUUUACAGCUGGUUACUUCAACAUGACGCCCUGGCUGCGUGACUUGCUCUUGGCAUCCAAUCCAGCAUCUGCAAAUGUCAUUGCUGCCUCGCCAUGGGCAAACGGCUUCUACGGUUCUCCUGGUGUAUCAGGAAUGCUGCCGGCAGCAUACACACUCCUCGGUCGCCGCUUCCUCUCUUCAGUCCAGAAAGCCGGGCUCGAGAACCAAAUCACGCUCAAGGAGUGGAGAAAAGGCACGGUCAACACACCAGGCGGUUGGACGUAUCAUGCAAAGGGUAUCUGGGUGACUCUCAAGGAUGAACCUGGUCCCAGUGUCAGUUUGAUCGGUAGCAGCAACUACACGAAGAGAAGCUACAGUCUGGAUCUGGAAGCGAAUGCGUUGAUUGUCACGAGGGAUUUAGGCUUGAUGAAGAGAUUGAAGGAGGAAGAAGAGUGGUUGCAGGAGUAUGCUACCAAGGUUGACCAAGGGACGUUUGAAAAGACGGAACGUAGGGUUGGUCUGCAUGUGAGGAUUGCCAUGUGGAUUGUGACGCUGGUCGGCGGUGCUCUGUAA